ACUUGAAGUGGGAGUGGCAUACUGGAAUUACGGAGACCAGCCAUCCAUCGUUGUGUAUAUACGUGUGUUUAUAGCAGCUACUAGCUAGCUAGCUAUGGCUGGACUAACUUUUCUGGAUUUGAUGCUUGCUGAUGCGCUGGCUGGAGGGCUAGCUAGAGAGCAAGCUAGAAGAGAGAGGCCUCCUCCAGACAAUGUGUUUGUGAUUCCCAAAGAGCUCCGUGCAUGGAACCAAAUCAAAGAAGCCUGUCGCAAAGAGAACAUGGUGUUUCUGAUGGACAUAACUGAUGGAACUAGUGAGAAUUGCAAGAGAGUGGAUGGUGUGUUUUUUGACAUGGCAAGAGAGUUUGAUGGGCUGCCAUUCUUCUUGGUCAAAGUGGGUCCAUUUGGGACCUUUGAUCAGCUACGUCAAGAUCUGGGAGGGAUACAAUACACUCCGACCAUUCUGAUAGGAUUCUACGGCGGAGAGAAUCUGAAACGGGUCAAGUACGAGGGUGAAGGAGAGAUCCGAAUUGGACUCAAUACUGGUCGCCUAAAGGCCCAAGUCAAGGAGUUUAUGGAGAUGCGAGGCAAACUUAAGCUAGUGGAGCAUGUGGCUGAGGGUCUAGCGGAGCAAGUCAGCAAGGAUAUGUCUCAGAGAGAGCAGAAAAUCAGAAUGGAAUACGAGCAUAAGAUGAAGAGAGAGUUGGCAGAGAGGGAGGAGAAAGUUCUUAAAGAGGCUGAGGAUAAGAAACGACUGGAAGAAGAGGAGCAGAAGAAGCGACACGAGAAAAUCAAAAAGAGUGCUGAGAUUCGUCGUGAGUCACGCCCCCAGCAUCUUGAGGAGCUGUUGAAGAUGGACCUGGACACUGCCUCCAUUAAAGAUAUGAAAGCCAUCAUGAUCAAGAUGGGAAUUUCCCCUCAUGACUGCUUUGAGAAGACCGACCUCAAGAAGAAGCUUUUGGAAAGCGUGCCAGAACUGAGAAUAGCCACAGAGAGGAAGGGGUCCAUUUCUUCCAGAGGCAGUGUGUCCAGCAUGGGCAGUGCAUCAGGCCUCAAUAACUUGGACAGUCCUCUCACUCAAUCCAUGGAUGACCUCAACUCCAAGCUAACCAAAGAAAAGCAGGCUAACGUAUCAUUGCGACAGGAUAUGUCCUCUCUGCAGCAGCAAGUCGAUGAGCUGAAGCGGCAGUUAGAUAGGAAAGAGGUGGAGCUUGGCAGAAAGGACACAGAGCUUUCUAGGAAGGAUACGGAAUUAAGCUCUCUGAAGCAGAAAGUUAUCAACUCGCCACAAGCCUCAAGCAAUGGUCGUCCACGUCCGGAGCCUAAGCCUCGUACGAGAUCGACAGAUAAUGGCCGAGUUAAGGAACUGGAGACCCAGCUUCUUGAGACGAGGAUGCUGUACACCACCAGCAUUGAAGACUACAAUGUGCUUCGAGUGAUUCAUGAUGCUAAGGAGGAGGGGAUGGUACUAAGUGUUACGUGUGAGAGACCAAAUAUUCCCACAAAGGGCAGAGUGUAUGCUAUGAAGGUGCUCACAAACUACUUCCAGACACAGACUCAAACACAGGUCCGGACCCAGUUUCAGACUGAGUACCAAGUUCUCUGUCAGCUUCCCUCUCACGAGAACAUCAUUCACAUGUGGGCUUUUUUCUUUGAUCGUGCCAACCCUGACGUCAUCCCUCAGUUCCGAGCUGUUGGUAGGAAUGCUCGUACAAUGUCUCUCUUCCUACUAAUGGACCAACACUCCAUGAGUAUGAACGAACAAGUGUCCACACUGGUGGACAACAGAGGACCUACUCCCAACGCUGUGGUCAGGUGGUUCAAACAAUUAUUGGAGGCUCUAAAGUUUCUAGAGCAAAAUUGUAUUGUCCAUCGCGACCUCAAGUUGGACAACCUACUGCUCAGUUCAGAUGGGAACCUGGUGGUCAGUGAUUUUGGAAAGGCUAUUCUGCUAGACGAAAGCUUCACUAUUCCAUACACACACGGUGCUGAGGUUGGUGGCAAUAAUGCUCAUCUCUGUCCGGAAGUAUUGAACGCCAAGCCUGGUCCAAGAAAGACCAUCAAGUACAGCAAGCAACCUGUCUGGGCCGCUGGAGUGCUAGCAUAUGAGCUAGCCGGUCAUCCCAACCCAUUUGAGAAGGGCACUAUUGACCAGAGGGGAUACAGCAUUGAUCAGUUGCCUCCUCUGAACGACACCUACUGCAAGCACACUCGAUACUGUCAGCCUCUCCCCCAAGCCUUUAGUGCCCUGGUGCAGGGCAUGCUGCAGCCUGAGGCCAGUGAAAGACCCUCCCUCUCUGACUGCCUCUUCAGACUUAAGAACGUUAACUAAAGUGUACGUGUAGAAGGGUAUUUAUUUUGUAUACCCAAGCUAUAACAGUUUUUGUAGUUUUGUUUGUAUUUUUUCUACUGCGUAUCUGUGUGUGUAUUUGUUAUCGAUUUGAGUCUAUUGAUGUGAAUUAUUAUCAUUAA